AUGAGACUCAACACUUAUUUUCUUUCAGAAUAUACUGGGACGAAGUUAUUCUAUGCUUCUAAUAUUCGGUCAAGUAGCAGGAUUUGUUGCGACUUUCGACUAAGAAGCUUGUUGUCGAUAGGUGUUAUACUCUUAAAAGCUAAUGGACGGGACUAUCGUAACGGUUCUCGCCAUGCUGAACAUGCAUAUGAAAAUUCCGUUUCAAGAAAACGUUAUCGGGAUGUUCCAUUCCAGUCACGAAUGCCUUUCGAAAAUGAUUUAAAAGAUAGGGAAUAUGACUACUACAAUCCAAACAAGGAAUAUGUUUCCCCCAGUAAAGAACUUCGACGUAGUAAACAUGAUGUAGAGAAGUUUCGCCAAGACCCGCGGUACAGUCGUGAUUCAAACACUAGUCCUGUUCCGAAAAAACGUAGUAAAAUGGACAGUCGAGUCGAGUCAUCUCCUCCCAAACCAUCUCGUGUACUUGGUGCUUUUGGAUUGUCUAUGCGUACCGAGGAACGGCAUUUGUAUGACAUAAUGAAAAAGUACGGCGAAAUAGAGGAGAUAAAACUUGUUCAAGAUAAUUUAUCUGGGCGUUCACGUGGUUUCGCGUUUAUAUAUUUUCGGUCUAUUGAAUGUGCUCGUUCAGCGCGCGCUGCAUGCGCUCGAGGUUUGGAACUACAUGAUCGUAUUGUUCGCAUUGAUUACAGCUACACUGAGCGACCACACAAUCCUACACCUGGAAUAUAUAUGGGCAAAGAAAAACGUUACGAUAUAAUCUGUCCAGUAAAAACACACCAAUUAGAACAUCGAUUUAUGUAGAUUUGGCACUGUGCCAAACCAACGACGCAUUAACCAGCACGAGCAGCCUCGAGUCAACUCUGUCUUUACUGGUUCCCCUUGCCGUGCCUGUUGAGUCCAGAACACAAUCUCAGCUCAUACCAUAAGUCAUAUAUUUCAGACAUACUUGGCUUAUAUACAACAAAACCAGACCGCAACAUACCACACAAUAGAAAAUAACAAUCAUUCAAGUUCAAGCCAAAGGUGGCUAUGAGUGGGAAAUACUUCAAUCAAUAGAUUAUGGGCAACUUAAGAAUAGUAAAUUGUGUAACAGUAGCCAAUAGAUCAAUUGGAAGCUUAUAAUAAGAGACAUAAUCUAGUUAAUUAAUAGUUAUACAGUAAGAAUAUACAUAUAAUAACAGUCUUUAAAUCGUUCCCAAAAUCAUGUAAAUGUCUUCCGUAGUCAAACUACACAAAAUUUAAACUGGAUAACAAAUAGCUAUACUUUUCUGUCCUAUAUUUUAUCCAUUACUAUAAGUCUACAAUAAAAACAAAUGACAAUACUUCAUUUGAUCAUCAAUUAACACUCAUUAACUAACCAUCUUUAUUCAAUUCAUCAUACAAAAUAUAUCCUGUAUUUUAAUUUGUUCACAGAUUUUACUUUCCUUAAAAAUUAAACUACUUUUUUUUCAUUUUUACAAAAUAGUCCUUUAACUUAUUUCUCAAUUCAAUAAAACAUCUUUUAUUUUUUCUCUGUAAAUGACAUUAUGUGAAUAAUUGUAUCAGUUAUAAUGAACACGAGUUUAUUCACACUGUGUUAUUCUGUUGUAAUAAGUUUUUAUAUACAAGUAAUAUCUCUUUCAAGUGUAUCUGUCUGAUGAAGUGAAAAAUAGAAUAUUCACUUCAAAUUCUAAUUGUUAUUACUUUUUUUUCUUCACUACGUAAGUGUAUUUUAUUAAUUAAUAAUUGUGAUCUUAAUAUCUGUCAUUAAUCAUGGAAUAUUUAACAUAGAAAACGGGUUUACAUAUAUGUUAUAAUGACGUUUUUAUUUAUUAUACUCAACUAAAUUAACAAUUGUUAUACACUCGAAAUGAUUGAUAAUUGAUGUGUAAGUAGUUGUGUGCUUUUUUCAAAUGUAUCACUUAUAGCUAUCAUAUAGUUUGAAUUUAU